AUGGAAACAUCGGUGCACCAAUCAAAUUGUAGAAAUACGAGUUAUUCGAAAGUAGUAAAAAAAAAAUCAGAGUCUAAAUUUUUUUUUGCUGUUGCAAAAAAAUCAGGAAUUGUAGCACCACAAACGUUUUCUGUUGCAUUUUAUGGCGACAAAAAUGUUGGAAAGACAAGUAUUCUUCGACGAGCCAUAACUGGUUGCUAUCAAAAAAUAUAUGUACCUACUGUUUUAGAUAUCUUUCAAAUAGAAGUUCAGAGCCGAGACUGUUCUAAGUCUCAUCUAACUGUUUACGACACUUCCGGAUUACAUCCUUUCCCUGCAAUGAUGCCUGUGGUUCUUUCUAAAUGCGACGCAUGUGUUGUUGUAUUCUCGCUGACAUCAGAAAAAACUUUGUUUUUUGCAGAACAUAAACUUUCAGAAAUACAAAAAAUUAAAGGAAACAGUUUUCCGUGCAUACUGGUCGGAAAUCAAUCAGACAGCAAGAACCGUGAAGUAAUAUUUGAAAAAGCUUUAAGAUUAGCCGUAAAAUACAGUUGCUCGUACCUAGAAGUAUCUGCUGAAUUAAAUAAAAACGUCGUUGAAUUAUUUUCCGUAGUAAUUAAAAAAAUUGAUAAGUACGAUAGACAUUUUAAGAACUUAAAUGAAUUUCACAAGAAAUAUUUUCAAAGAAUGUCAGAUUUAACAAUGUUGUAG